AGAGAGAGAGAGAGAGAGAGAGAGAGAGAGAGAGUGAGAGUGAGAGUGACCCAAAAGAAACUUCUUGCGUGGGGAUCAAGAAUCCUCAAACGGGGGUUUAUUUUUCUCCAAAACACUUCCAAACGCAAUCCUCAAGCUUGACUUUUUUCAUCUGGAUCUUACUUGAUUCCUCUUAUUCUUGAGCAUUCUUUUGUUUUUUCCGGGAAUGUGAGAUAAAGUUUUGAGAUUUCUUGGGUUUCUGAUCUGGGUUUUUCUUUUUGGUUUCAGUGGGUUGAACUAUAGUUGGACUUUCUUGGAAAAUUCUGUUGGAAAUUCUCAGAUGGGAAAGGAUCAAGAACAGAGGCACGUAUGCAAGCUCUGCAACGAGACUUUUUCCAGUGGAAAAGUGUUGGGAGGUCACAUGAGGGGUCAUACGAGCAAGAAUUCAGGCAAAGGAAAGAAAAAGGUGAUCAAAAGUGACAAGGGUUUUGAAGACGGCGGGCAUACUGGUUAUGGCCUAAGAGAAAACCCCAAGAAGUCUUUUAAGUUUUCACGCUCAGAACAUGGUACUUCAGAUCAAGAAAUCGUCUGCAAGGUCUAUGGCAAUUGGUUUGAGUCACUGAGGGCUCUGUUUGGUCACGUGAGGCAUCCCUCAGGAACAAAAACAAGCGGAAUUUUCUGUGAAGAAUGUGGCAAAGGGUUUCAGUCACUAAGGGCUCUCACUACCCACAUCAGGACCCACUCUGUAAGAUUUGAUUUAUGCAAUGAAUCUUGGACUCAUUCUAGCCAGAAGAUGGAGAUGGACAGCCAAUUGAACAGUGAAACCCUGGGGCUCGUUCGCAGAAAGCGAUCAAACAGAAGGAGGUACAAGAUUCUUCCAAAUUAUUCAUUUUCUAGUUUGAAUGGAUCUGUAUCCUUUACUGAAACUGAGCAGGAAGAAGUAGAAGAUGGGGCUAUAUGCUUGAUGAUGCUGUCUAGGAGUGGAUUUAGCUCGGUUACAGAGUCUUCUGAUAAUGAUUCUACGACUUUUGAGGUUAAAUCAUUCGGACAAAAGAAGAGAAUUGCAAAUGAUAAUGAAGAUGGAAUUUUUGCUUGUGAAGUCCUCGAGUCUUUCAAGACGAAGAGGACAGGGGUGGAGGAUUCCGAUUCUCAUGUUUUGCCUUCUAAGAUUGUCUUAGCUGAGAAGAGAGGAUCCAAAUUCAGUGAGAAUGAUUCUGGGUCUGGAAGUGCCGAGGAAAUGAAGAUUGAAAUGGAAGCUUCUAUUGACGAAUUAUACAGGGAUGCUGAAUGCGUGAUGCCAAAGCUGGAUGAUGUGUCAGGAGAUGAAAUGGAGAAGGAUAGUCAUAACGGAAUGAAGAUCAAGCCCACCGAAGUAGAAGUGGAUGAAGAUUUUACAGAAGAUAAUGGAUUGGAUCUUGCUAAUUCCGGAUCCAUGAAGUCUGGUUUGAACAAGAAAGCAAGCUUUGACGCUAGUGAUGCUGAGUUGAUUGGAAAGUCUUGCAAGAAGAUGUGUAGUACUCCUGAUUAUGGAUCUCUAAAGAAAAGUGAAUACAAGUGCAAGACCUGCAACAAGAAUUUCCACUCGCAUCAGGCACUUGGAGGCCACCAGACAAUUCAUAGAACUAAAAACAGCUCUGAUUUGAGAAUUCGGAAGUGUAAUUGCAAGCUUAUCAAUCUUGAAUGUAGCAAGAACUCGGUGGAGCAGGAGAUGAGUGGAGUGUCUCUGACAAGUUGCCAGUUCAAGGAGACUAAGGAGUACAAGUGCCAUAUCUGCUUUAAGGUUUUUGCAUCAGGCCAAGCUUUGGGUGGUCACAAGAGGGCUCAUGUGAUUAAAACCUCUGAGAUCAUAUCUGAGGAGACCUUGGCAGUAGAGCACCAGAUUUCUGAUAUCUGUGAUCUAGUUGAUCUUAAUCUCCCUGUUAUUCUCGAGAAAGAGACCGAUGUUGAUGUUGGAUUCAAGUCAUGGUGUGUUGCAAAUGAUCAGAAGUAUGAACUGAUGGUUCUCUGACACCCAACUGAGAAAAGAGAUUCCAUCCAUGGCUACCACGAAGUUUCUAGUGUCUUCAAUUGCUUGAAGCUUCCAUUUGCUGCUCAUAGCUUAGAAUUCAAACUAAUCCCAUUCAGCUGAUUUUUGUUCCAACUGCGUUUUCUUUUGUUACUGGUGACUUUCCAUAGUUGCUAAAUUGUAGCUCGCUUCCAAAUUUUUCAGUGAA